UUGAAAAUACACCUAGAGGAAGAUCCAGGAAGUGCGGGAGUUAUUUUAUGGCCAAAUAUCCUUCCUGACUGCUGUCCUGCUGUAAAUUGAGCUAUUAUAAUUAAACCAGGCGAAAAUAUGCGUCUGAUUUUGAGCUCAGUAUAUUGAUAUUUGGAUUUAAUCGCGAAAAUUAAACAGUCAAAUAGCGUAUGCACUUGUUUUUGAAGGCCACUUGGUAAAAGGUAUCGGAGCGAUAGAGAAUCGCACAGCCACCUGUAGCUGAGCGCAGCAGCAGCAGCUGUCAAUCAGGUGAUCUAUGAUCGCACAGCAGUGACAGCAAACGCGCCUACCUGACACUCGUCCAUCAGACAUGAGCUUCUUCGGCUUCGGACAGACCGCUGAGAUCGACAUCGUGCUGAAUGACGCCGAGACCAGGAAGAAAGCUGAGCACAAGACUGAAGAUGGGAAAAAGGACAAAUAUUUCCUUUUCUAUGACGGUGAAACUGUAAGUGGGAAAGUUAAUGUGACUCUCAAAAUUCCUGGAAAGAGGCUGGAGCACUAUGGGAUCAAAAUCGAGUUUGUCGGGCAGAUUGAGCUGUACUAUGACAGAGGGAACCACCAUGAGUUUGUGUCAUUGGUGAAGGAUCUUGCACGACCUGGUGAGCUUUCACAGUCUCAGACCUUUGACUUUGAGUUCACCCAUGUGGAAAAGCCCUAUGAAUCUUACACUGGCCAGAAUGUCAAACUAAGAUACUUUCUGAGAGCGACAAUCAGCAGAAGACUCAAUGAUAUCAGUAAAGAGAUGGAUAUUGUAGUGCAGACGCUGUGCACAUACCCAGAGCUCAACUCCUCCAUCAAGAUGGAAGUUGGAAUUGAAGAUUGUCUCCAUAUUGAGUUUGAAUACAACAAAUCCAAGUACCACCUGAGGGAUGUUAUCGUAGGGAAGAUUUAUUUCCUUCUUGUGAGGAUAAAGAUUAAGCACAUGGAAAUCGAUAUAAUAAAACGGGAAACAACUGGAACAGGACCCAGUGUGUACCAUGAAAAUGACACCAUCGCCAAAUAUGAGAUCAUGGAUGGGGCACCUGUGAGAGGCGAGUCGAUCCCCAUCCGCUUAUUUCUCGCUGGAUAUGAGUUAACUCCCACCAUGAGGGACAUCAACAAGAAGUUCUCUGUGCGCUACUACCUGAACCUAGUCCUUAUAGAUGAAGAAGAGCGACGAUACUUCAAACAACAGGAGAUCACACUCUGGAGGAAAGGAGACAUUGUGAGAAGAAGUAUGUCCCAACAGGCCACCAUUGCCGCCCAAAGGUUCGAGGGAUCGAACUCUGAAUCUGCAUCAGCACAAGCCAAAGAGGAGAAUAACUAAACACAAGACGCUGUACGUUCCCUCAACAAUUCAAACGAACCUUGUUACGUCAAAAUAAUGUUUUAUAAGUCUUGAAGGGAUCAAUGUGACGGGUGACAUUUGUUGAAAUAUGAGAAUCAUGGCUUCAUGAGAUCAAAAAUAAGAAUUAAGCUUGUAAAAGGCAGUUUAACUACUUAAAUGUGUAUAGAUUACAAAAUAUUUUUUUAUUUCGAUUUCCAAUACUGCGUACAUUUUUGUUACACAAUAGUGACCAAUAGUUUUGAAAUGCCAGAAAUGAUCUUUUCAUGUGUUUUCAGCCUCAAUACAUUCCUCUUGUUAUGCUCAAAUUUUGCUUAAGUCUAGUGCACUGAAGAGUCUGAAUCUAGCUUCUAUACUUUGUCCUGUUUAAUGAGCCCAAAAUGAGAUUUACUGUGAUCUUUUGUUGCAAAUCUAGCGCUUCAUCUAGAGCUCUGCACAGUAUUAUUCUGUCAUUUAGGGUUUUACAAAUGAAGGCCUCCAUAGAAAUGUGCAACAAGGGAACGUCUUGUCAACUACUAACUUAUGCAAGGCAACACCUUUUGUCUUUUUCAUGAAUAUUUUUAUUGUUGAGAUUUUUUUUGAUCCGUGAUCUUAAGUGUUUAUUUCCUAUUAAAAUGAAUCAAUCAUCAUCACGGCAGCACGAGGUUCCAGUAUUCUCGACAUUGCAUUCAAAUGCAGUAAUAGAGAAAGUCCUUUUUGUGAUUGUUUGCUACGCAUUUUUAAGGUGAAUUUUCCAUUAUUACACGUGUAUGUCAUUGUAUUAUACUAAAUAUUUGUUUAAAAGCAUAUUAGCUGUUCAGGUGAUGAGGUAUGACUAUUAACCGUAAAUAAAACUUCUGCAAAAGGCUCAUUUAAUCAGCCCUAUUGUAAUAAAAUUUACUAACCUCUGCA